AAAUUUAGCACCAAGAACGGCAUCUCUGGAAAUACGAGUUAAUUCUCCUUUGUCUGGCCUUGUAGAUGGCACAGUCCACCCAGGCCAACCAGCUGGAAACACAGAGGCGUCCUCACCCUCGUCCCCAUCUCUCAUUUCCAUUUCCUUUCCUGCACAGCCCCAAAUCCAGCCCUCCUCUUCACCCCACGCCUCUUGGUUUACAGCACUCAUCGUUUCUUCCCUGGACUUCUGGGAUCUCUGUGCUUGCAAUCACAGUUCCUCCAUUUUCGCACCACGAAACACACCCACACACACAUGGGAACGCACACACGCUCCUGCACCCCCCACCCCCAUCCUGUCUCCCUCUGUGACCCUCUCGCUCCCUCUGUCUCUCUCCUUCUCUCUCUCUGGCUCCAGUCCAUCUUGCACACAGCUGCCAGAGUGAAAAUAAAAAUCGGAUUCAGUCACAACUUAAACUCUUCAGCGUCCCCCAUGCUUUCAGGGACAUGAGGACCCAGCUCCUGUUGUCUGCCAGGGAGCCACCCAGUUUGAUGCCAGCUCAGUGCCAGCUCAGAUGCCAGCUCCUCUGGACCCAGGCGCAACCCCUGCAACAGGAUGCCGUUGGCAACCACAGGUCAUUCAGCGACAAGAAUGGCCUCACCAGCAAGCGGGAGCUGCAGCCCGAAGAUGACAUGAAACCAGCACACUGGAAACGUAAAAGGCCCAUCGAGAAGAGAACCCAUAGAAUCCCCCUGGGAAGUAGCCGAUUACUUAUCUACAUACAAAGUCCUGUUUGGCUGUGUGUCGGGAUGACAGAGAAGAGGCCGGUGCCCUCGAACGCCUCCCGGAUCUCCUCGCCGCAGCCUCCUCAGAAGACAUCGAGCGGUCCUGAGAGCCUCCUGGGCGUGUUUGUCUGUGUGCUGUAACCUGAAGUCAAACCUUAAGAUAAUGGAUAAUCUUCGGCCAAUUUAUGCAGAGUCAGCUAUUCCUGUUCUCUUUGCCUUGAUGUUGCGUUGUUAUCAUUUAAGAAUUUUUUUUUUUGGUAAUUAUUUUGAGUGGCAAAAUAAAGAAUAGCAAUUA